CCAAUCGAUGCAACACGUGACAAUGUAUCGGAUCGUCUUCUCCUGAGACGUUCAAGACGCGUCAGACUCGCGGGCUUCGCUGGUCCGGCUGGCAAUUUAUGAUACGGGAGACGAUUUGAGUCGUUUUAAUCCGAAUCAUGUGGGUUUUCGGGUACGGAUCUCUCAUAUGGAAAGUCGACUUUCCAUUUGAAGAGAAGCGGAUCGGUUAUAUCAAAGGUUUCAGUCGCCGGUUCUGGCAGGGAAGCACCGACCACCGGGGAAUCCCGGGCAAGCCCGGUCGCGUUGUGACCCUUGUCGAGGACCCCGAUGGCUGUGUUUGGGGCGUGGCCUACAAGCUGCCAGCGGGACGCGAACAGGAAGUGAAGAGCUACCUAGACCACCGGGAAAAGGGCGGCUAUCAGGUCAUCACGGUGACCUUUCACCCCCGCGACCCGCUCACCCCCCAGCCCGGCCAGGCCCUGCUCUACAUCGGCUCCCGGGACAACCCAGACUACCUUGGCCCCGCCCCCUUGGAGCAGAUCGCCAAUCAGAUCGUCGAUGCCGCCGGACCCAGCGGCUGCAACGCGGAGUACCUGUUUGAGCUGGCUGAGGCCCUGCGGACGCUGCUGCCCGAGGACUCGGACUCACACCUCUUCUCUCUGGAGAGUCUGGUCCGGGACCAGAUAGAGGGGAGGAAACGUUUGGGCUCGUCCCAAUUAGAGGGUUGCUGAGGGUUUUGAGAAGCCGGUUAGAUGGUUACGGUGUGUUCCAGAUGCCUCGUACACCACCCGCACGAGUUGCUCUUGUGACGUCAUUCCCUGACGUGCAGCACUUACAGCGUUACCGUUUUUCAUUGGCUAGUCAUUGUUAUUGUUAGCUACAUUAGCCUCUUUAGCAAUCAGCUCGAAAACAAACUACACAACUUUACAUUGUAUUGCACACACAGCAAAACCGUGCAAUGCAGAAAUUGGUGACCGGAAUAAAGUAGCAAUGUAAUCAGGUGUGUAAGAGCAAUAUAAAAAUGACCAACGUGGUACAAAUACAAAGAAAAUUAAUCUCUUUACGGGCACAGCUAUUUUUGUUGUUGAGUCGUACGGUCAACCUCACCGAACUCGGGAUGCUCUCAUACUCUUGUGCGGGUGGUCUACAAGGCUUCUGGAACACAUCAUUAGCUCAUUCUUCUGACAUGAUGUAGCUACUAUAGUAGCAGACCUGUUGUAGCUACUAUAUAAGCCACAUCAGCAGGUCUGCUAAUAAAGUAGCUACAUCAUGUCUGCUAAGAUUAGUAGCUACAUUAGCAGACGUGAUGUAGCUAAUAUCCCCACUACUCUACAUAAAGCAGAGCAGUGUUUUGAAUCCGUCUUGAAGCAGGCCCGGCCAGUUGUUAAAGAAACAAAUCAGGGGAUGGGCCUUUUCAAACAUGAGAUAGUUUAGCUUUGACAUCCUAUAGAAAUGUGGUAAUACUGUUGGCUCAACCAUGUAGGUAUUAGUCCUUUUUCACCAAGCGGUCAUAUUGGUUAGUUGUGUCGGUAAACCUUCUAGACUCUUUUACAUUUACAUUCAGGGCAUUUAGCAGACGCUUUUAUCCAAAGCGACUUAAACCAGAGGACCUCAUUGAUGCAUUAUUUAUAGUUCUACACAUACCAAAAGGCACACACAAUUCAUUUUGGAUUAAGUGUUCAUGGUUUACACCAAAGCUAGUAUAAAGUUUACCCACUAACGAUCCAAAAUGGGAUCUGUACACCUCCUCGCGGGCUAGGUUUGCGUCAGAGCUGCGUUAGUAGUACGCCACACUCUUUUCUCUGUCCUUGAAGCCAUAACAAGUCCAUGAAUCUAUAUUCUGAAAAAGAAAUUCAAGCAAUAUCGGCAAAGCAUGAAGUAAUUGUCUGCCGCUUCUAAGGAGGACAAGCUGUUCCCUCACAGUCGGCUUUCAUUGUACUGUACAAUAAAAACAAUACUGUUUUGUAA